AUGUUUUCCCGAGGAAGAAUCGAUCAGUCCAGUAACCCCCAUUCGCAGGGGGUUUCAGCAUCACAGAGCCUCCGACGUGGAAAACACCUCGAUUCUGACUCCAUUUCACCAUACAAUAACCCAGAAUCAUCCGAGUCUAUCCUUAGUGAUGAAAGAUCUAUAUUCAAUGCGAUCAGAGUCACCACACCAAAUGAUUCCAGCCCUCGUUUCUAUGCAUCUUUCUCCCAUGACAACCCCGUUCACGAACAAGGCUUGGCGGUAAACCUAGCCAGAUUCGUUUCUGCAGAUUCACAGGAUGACCAUACUCCUACUAAUGUGCCAGCCAGGCAAGGAAGACGACAGAGAAUGGCAGGGAAGCUUGGAAAUCAUACCAAGUCGUUAUCUGACCAGUACUGGCAAGUCACGCACCGGCUGGGAUCUCCUUUGGGUAAAACGGCAUUAAUACCAGACUCCCAUCGGCCUUUUCAUCGCAAGGCUGUUUCCCUUGGUGCGAAUGAUAGUAGUAUCAGUCGGCCUAGAUGGCCUAGGAGCUCGGGGCCUGCAAUAACGACCAUCCAACCUCGGUAUCCACCACCAGAAAGAACACCCACACCCCCUGGUCUUCCCUCCUUCGGCACGCCAGAGGCUAUGUCCUACUCUGCGCGGUUCAUGCUCCCAGACAACGGUGCACGAUCAUCUGCAACCAUGCAAUGUGGUGGUCCUACUGGUGGUCAGAGUAGCAGUUCAUAUGGCGAUACCUUAAGGAGAUUUUUUGGCUGGUCGUCUUCUGCGUCUCAUGCUGGUGGGAUCUCCGUUAAUUGUAUAGGACGAGCCGAUGAUGGCACGCUGGUACAGGGCCGGUUCCCUCGUCGACAAAGUGGCCAUGGAAUGAACAUUGGUCGACAGCUGCAUGAACACCCUUUCCAUCAACGUCUUCCCAUUGCCCACUACGAAACCACAGAUACAAGCCAUGAUUCUUAUGUCGAAGCUACACACACAAAGGGUGGCCUUGGGCUUCGCCCAAGCGGACGUGUCCAGCCUCUGGACACCCCAUCUAGACGACAUUUUCCCUUUCCAUCGAACCCGGUCCCUGCUGUAGUGGAUCGUGCGGUGCGGCCCAGGGCCACUGCAAUUCUCAGCUUGUCGUGCAAUUUGGCUGGAUCAGACCGUCCUGUGGAUCCAGUGGAAUCUUCUGCCCAAGGGACCAGAGCAACUGGAGACCAUCUCCCUUCAAAUCCAUCGCGGUUGCAUUCCGUUUUCACAAUGGCUGUCCGCGGUGGUGCAGAUGAAGGCCCUCAUGCAAGCACACCCGUCUGUCCGGAUAUUUUGUCGUGGGUGAAAUCCCAAACUUGCCUCUGCUGCUGCUCGGACAGCCAAGAGGAGCCAGAUGACUCUCUUGGGGCAACCAGCUCGCGGGAAACAUAUGUAACCGCCCAGAGCCAGGUAUCGCCUGCUGGAUCUCAGAGUGAAAACAGAGAGGGGAAUACCCAUCUCCAUGACCUCCAGGCAUGGAUCUCAUCUCUAUACGGUAUCAUGUUCCCCACCCUUGUGAACCCUGCCGCUGUAUAA